AUGAUUGAUAUAAUUGAAUUUCAAAAACAUGGCUUUUCCCAUGCUCAAAUCGUAAUUCGAGUACAACCAGAACUCUCUAUUAAUCAAAUUAACAAAAUUGUAUCUGCAGAAUUACCUCAUGAACAAUCCCAUUUAAAACAAUUACCUGAAAAGUCUAAUGAUCAAUACAAUAAUAAAUCAACAAAUAUUAAUACCAAACAGUCUAUUAAUGAGUUUAAAGAUUAUAUUAAUGAAAGAUAUUUAUCAGCACCUGAAGCUGCAUGGAGGAUAUUUCAUUAUUCAAUAACAACAUCAGACCUGUCAGUUCUAAUUCUUUCAAUACACCUUUUAAACGACAACAUCCCUCAAUAUUUACACACUCGAAACACCCCAUCUUCAGUUUCACUCCUGAACCGUUACUUCCUUAGACCUCUUGAACCCCCUUUUGAUAAUCUAAAAUACACAGAAUACUAUGAACAUUAUAACUUAUAUCCUUAUAACCACAAUGAAAUAUGUGAAAAUGACUUUAUUAAACAAGUACAUCCUGAAGCACUAAGAAAAAUCAUUCGAAAGUAA